AUGGCGUUCUUUUUCAGGACCGUUGACAACGGAAUCAAAUUGUCAUCGUUGUUGUCUAUCCCCGAUGUCACCGACGUCCAUACUAUGAACAAGAUCACCUCUGACGAGCUCAAUCGUCUGGUCACUCACGAGGGUUCACCAAAGGCCUCGCAACCGCUGGGACACCUGCUCUCCAAAAUAUUUCAGUCUUUCACGGUUCCUCUUCCCGAUGUAUUCAGCCUUAAAAUCCCAUUCGGAAAAAUCCUUUAUCGCAACCAACGCAUCAACGAGAAAUUCAGCGGGACAUCGCCCGAUACUCUUGUGCCACUGUACGAUACUGAAGCGAAGGCUUGGAACUGGGCCCUUCCAGUUGACCCUCCUAAAAAUGCCAGUAGUAGUCGUUCGGGCGCAGACUCAGAGGGCGAGUCAGAGGGCGAGUCAGAGGGCGAGUCAGAGGGCGAGUCAGAGGGUGAUGAUAUGCAGAAAGCAACUCACGAAGAAAUCUUUGCUGCGUUUCUCAAUGCUCUGGCUGGCUGCUUGGCAGCGUUGCAGCCCAAACUAGUAGAAAUGCGCUUUGCAACCAGCACAUGGAGCGCAGCCAGUGCACAGAAGGCAUUACCUGGCAGCGACAUCAAGCGCAAGCCAGAUCUCGUUCUAUCUGACGAUAUAUCGGCAAAGUGGGGGAACAUCAGGGUAUCAGCCGAACUCACUCACAGUCGAUACCGGCCUGCGAUGCGACUCGGGAAGGCUGCAGAUACUCAUGCCUAUAUUAUGAUGAGUGAACAGCCAUGGAGGCGCUUUGCUCUCAUAUUAUCAUUCACAGAUGAAUAUCGCCACCUUAGAGUCCUAAUGUAUGAUCACUCUGGUGGCGCCGUGUCUCCUCGCUUUGAUAUUUACCAACAACCGGACAUAUUUUCACAUAUAAUCGCUGCCAUCAAUUUCGGGAGUCUAGAGUGCGUCGGCUAUGAUCCGACAGUCUCAUUCUCAAAGAUUGUUUCACCACCCCGAUUCAAAGAUAUCAACUGCUAUCGUCCCAUUAGAAACGCUCCUGCCCGACCAAGUACGACGGACUGUACUGUUGCCGUAUCCACUUCCUCCCUUCCAUUUCCCGAGGAUCCUGAUGGAGUGUCGUCCAGUGAUGCCCUUGAAUCAGUAGUCGCUAGUGACUCUAGUGACUCUGACUCGACGGAAGAAGGUCCGAGCGGUUCCGCUACACAUUACUCGAUGGACGAAGAGCAUUUCCCACCCCCCUCCCUCCCAGUGCACCCCACUGCAACCCGUAGUGCUCCCCUUCUCAGCCUCGCAUCUCAAAUGCCCCAGGCUGAGAUGACCGAGAGCAUCUAUUCUGUCACCCCUCUCCCUUCCCAAUUCCCUUACUCUGCUCAAUCACCUGAACCUUGCGGUAAAAUCCGUGUAGGGCAGAAGGUCUACACUAUAAGAAGAAUCAUUUUUGCGAGCCGAGGUCUUGUUGGUCGCGGAACCGUUUGCUAUUUGGCAACUUUAGACGAUGAAGACUACAUAAUAAAAGACCAUUGGGUUGUAGGCAAGGACGACAAUGUAGUCUUGAACGAGAUCAAGAUGCUGGAAUUGAUGGAUGGCCUCCCUGGCGUUCCAAAGCUGGUGGAUCAUUGGGUCGUUGAACAGUCAGAUGGUGAUCCCGAUGUUACCCGAAAAUAUCGGCAGAAAGAACGCCGGAGUACCAGGGGCACUAGUCGUACUCAUGAGUUUGUGCGGGCACUAAGGGAUAUCGUUAAGAUUCAACAAGCUGCGGUGGAGGAACGUCAGAUUUUGCAUCGGGACUGUAGUCUCAACAACGCGAUGAUCCUAGACGAACCUGAAGGUAGUGAAGGGUUUCUUAUUGACUGGGAGUUUGCCGUUCGGAUUGCCUCGGAUCAUAAAUAUCCUAUUGGCGGUACAGGCACAGUCCCUUUCAUGUCACGCGGACUUCUCAAUCAAUAUGCGGUCCUGCAGCAGGAGGCGGACCUGGAAUCGAAGAGGAAGAAGACGGCGAAGAAGAAAGAGACUCGGGGACGCAAUUCAGUCGACAAACCAAAAACCCCGAAAUCAUCCUCUGAUUCUCUGGCGCUACCUGUAUCAUACGUCAUCCAAGGCUAUGCGGAUGACCUGGAGUCCCUUUUUUUCGUGUUCGCUUGGGUUUGCAUCAAGUUUUGUGGUCCCAACGGUAUGGUGCGGGAGCGCUUGCCCAAUUCGUUGGUGGAUCGUUGGACCAGCCUUGACCUGGGAUCGUGCGCAGCCUUCAAGAUCACCUUUUUCGCUUAUCCAGGAGAGGAAAAGCAUCUCACAGACCAAUUUCACCCAUACUUCAAGCAGCUGAUCCCCCUCGCAGUAGAGUGGCGUAGAGUUCUGGUGGACAACAUGAUCCACCCCGUUACCUUCGACACCAUUCUCGCUGUACUCAACUCUCAUCUCGACAAACUCCCCGACGACGAGGAGCUCGUAUCUGCUGUGGACAUGCUCAGGAAUGAUGCUGCCAUUCUCACGAAACAUGUUAAGGGCAAACGGAUUGCUUCAGACCCUCCCUCUGUAGUAGCACCCAAGCGGCAAAAGUCUCAUCAUAGUGAUACCGAGUCUGACUCAGCAUCGGGCAGUGACGCAUGA